AUGAUUCAAAGCCAUUGUUAUUGCCUUUCUGGUAUUGUUAUUACUAUCUACUGCUGCCUCCUAAUCCACAGUCUUGCUUCUCCUACGCUCCACUUUUGCCGCCACGACCAGAGGAAGGCUCUUUUGGAAUUCAUAGACGAGUUUCCUGCUGAUGAGUUUACCGUAAGACGGUGGAAUGAGAGCAGUGAUUGCUGUCUUUGGAUGGGUGUCACAUGCGAUGAUACAUAUGGCCAGGUGAUAUCACUCGACCUUUCUGGGACGUUUCUCAACAAUUCUUUAAAAACAAAUAGUAACCUUUUUAGGCUCCAAUAUCUUCGUCACCUAAGCCUUUAUUGGUGCGGACUCCAAGGAGAAAUUCCUUCUUCACUAGGAAACCUUUCUCAUCUCACAUUUCUUGACCUUUCUCGUAAUCAUUUGAUAGGUGAGAUUCCUCUUUCAAUAGGCUAUCUAAGCAAUCUGAAAGAGCUUAUCCUAGGGCCUAACAAUCUUACAGGAGAGAUUCCUUCUUCAAUAGGAAACCUCUCUAGUCUCACAAUUCUUGAGCUUUAUGGUAAUAAUUUGAUAGGUGAGAUUCCGGCUUCCAUCAGUAACCUAAAUGAGCUAAGUGUCAUUGAUCUUGGCGCCAAUAGCUUAAGUGGCAAAUUUCCUAUUUCAUUUGCCAACUUAACUAAGCUUACCGGUUUUAGUAUCUGCUCUAAUAAAUUCACAUCCACGCUUCCAUCAGAUAUGAGUGGAUUUCACAACUUGGAAAUUUUCAAUGUCUCUCAAAACUCAUUUACAGGGCCUUUCCCUAAAUCAUUGUUCUCAAUUCCUUCAUUACAAUUUUUAUCUUUGGGAGAAAACCAAUUCACGGGACCAAUAGAGCUUGGCUAUAAUACAUCUUUGUCAUCCUUUGAGCUUCAGUCUCUAGACCUUUCUUCUAACAGAUUUGAUGGCCCUAUCCCGGAAUACCUAUCUGAAUUUGACCUCUUCCACUUAUACCUUGACCACAACUAUUUCACAGGGUCAAUCCCUAGAUCUUUAUCAGAGUUAGUCUAUCUCGAGGACUUGUAUCUGUCCAACAAUAAGUUGACAGCAGUUUGGAAAACACAAUACAAGAAAUAA